AUGUCGUCUCGCUACUACUGCUGCCUCUGCUGCUGCAGCUUCGCCUGCGACUACUGCCUCUCCUACUGCUGCCUCUUCUACUGCUGCCUCUGCUGCUGCAGCCUCGCCUGCGACUACUGCCUCUCCUACUGCUGCCGCUACUGCUGCUGCCUCUGCUACUUCAGCCUCUCCUGCGACUACUGCCUCCCCUACUGCUGCCUCUCCUACUGCUGCCUCUGCUGCUUCAGCCUCUCCUGCGACUACUGCCUCUCCUACUGCUGCCGCUACUGCUGCUGCCUCUGCUGCUGCAGCCUCGACUGCGACUACUGCCUCUCCUACUGCUGCCUCUCCUACUGCUGCCUCUGCUGCUUCAGCCUCUCCUGCGACUACUGCCUCUCCUACUGCUGCCGCUACUGCUGCUGCCUCUGCUGCUGCAGCCUCGACUGCGACUACUGCCUCUCCUACUGCUGCCUCUCCUACUGCUGCCUCUGCUGCUUCAGCCUCUCCUGCGACUACUGCCUCUCCUCCUGCUGCCGCUACUGCUGCCUCUCCUCUGCUUCUCUCCCCGUCUCUCUCGCGGCGUCGAAGACCGCCCUGUUCUCUUCCUCGUUCCUUAUUUUUCCUCAAUCUCUUAAGGAUCGCAUCCUCGCGGAUUAA